AUGUCCCUGCCCGUGGUGCUCCCUGGCUCCUGCUGCCCGGUGGCCGGGCUCUCGGGCGGACCGCAGGCCGGGGGCCCGGGCGCCACGGCCGCCGCUGCCCAGGAACCCCCGCUGCCUCCCCUGCGGCCACGCUGGCCCCGGGCCGCGCUGCAGCCCCCGGGGCGGCCCCGCUGCUCGGCCGCCGGGGUGCUGGCCGUGCCGCCCGCGCUCUCCUCCCGCCGGGCCGCCGCCGCCGUGGCCCCGAGCUCUGCGCUGCUGCCCGGCCGGCCGCUGCUGUCGCUCGGGCUGCUGCAGCUGAUCCUGGGGUGCUGCAUGGUGGCGCUCAGCUUCGGGGCGCUGUCGCUGAGCAGCUCCCCGCAGGUGAAGAACUCAUGCCCGUUCUGGGCCGGCUCCUCGGUGAUACUCUCUGGAAUCAUAGGAUUAACAACUUGGAAACGGCCUAUGAUACUCCUGGUCAACCUCUUCGUGCUGCUCUCCGUGGUGUGUGUCCUCUUAAACCUAGCCGGGUUCAUCCUGGGCUGCCAAGGGGCCCAGUUUGUGUCCAGCGUGCCCAGGUGUGACUUGGUGGACUUAGGUGAAGGCAAGAUUUGCUUCUGUUGUGAAGAAUUUCAACCAGCCAAAUGCACAGACAAAGAAAAUGUCUUGAAGCUCUUCCCGGUUCAGCCUUGUAGCGCGGUGCACCUUCUACUUAAGAAAGUCCUCUUUGCGCUGUGUGCCUUGAACGCCCUGACCACCACCGUCUGCUUGGUGGCCGCCGCCCUUCGCUACGUCCAGAUCUUUGCGGCCAGGAGGUCCUGCAGCGAUGAAUCCCAGAUUUCCGCCGAGGAGGUGGAAGAGCAGGGACGCAUCCCAGACCCCGACGACUUCGUGCCACCGGUGCCUCCCCCCUCCUAUUUCGCCACGUUUUACUCGUGUACACCCCGGAUGAACCGCAGGAUGGUCGGUCCUGACGUGAUCCCGCUGCCGCACAUAUAUGGAGCGAGAAUCAAAGGCGUGGAAGUGUUCUGUCCUCUGGACCCCCCGCCUCCGUAUGAAGCCGUGGUGAACGAGACGGACCGGGAGCAGAUGUCUUCAUUCCAAAUAUCAGAGGGAUCAGAGGCCGCCACCAGCCCGAUGGAACCGAUCGGCGUGCCAGUGACUCAAGGUGGGAACAUUCCUAGCACACCUGGAGAAGAAGGCGCAUCCACUUCCGUUGCCAAUGCAGACCCGCCACGUCCCGGGAGGAGCCCGAGUGCCCACCAGCCCACGAUGAGAAGGUCAAAGAGCGACCCUGUGUUCCAUCCUUCCUCAGAGCGAGCCGCUCCCGUGCUCAGCUGCGAAGCCGCCACCCAGACGGAGGGGAGGCCGGAGCUGGCCGCGGUGACCCUGCGGAGGGGCGUGCGGCCCAGGGCGGCCAGGUGCAGGCCGCAGUCCCUGAUCGACUACAAGUCCUACAUGGACACCAAGCUGCUGGUGGCCCGGUUCCUGGAGCAGUCCUCCUGCGCCAUGACGCCCGACAUCCAUGAGCUCGUGGAGAACAUCAAGUCGGUCCUGAAGUCCGACGAGGAGCACAUGGAGGAGGCCAUCACCAGUGCCAGCUUCCUGGAGCAGAUCAUGGCCCCCCUGCAGCCCAGCCCGCUCCGGGCCCAGCUGCCGCCAUCGCGGAGACAGCCCGGCGUGCUGCACCUGCGGAGCUGCGGGGACCUGAGCACCUUCGUGGCGGCCGGGAGGCCCCGAGUGGAGAGGAGGCCCCGGCGGGCGGCCGAGCGGCCACACAGCCUCAUCGGCGUCAUUCGCGAGACCGUCCUGUGA